UCUCUCAUCAUGUGAUGGAAAUCGCCCACUCAACUACUAUAUUUACGCCACGUGUCACUACAACUUCCGACCAUUCAUUCAUUCUUUCUCCUCAGUCCUCUCAGCACUCUUCACUGCUUUUCUCAUUUCCUCCUCCAUUAGCUUCGGCGCCGUGAAAUCUGUGAGGUUUUUUUUUGUCAAAGAAUCAUCGGAAAGUUCGAACUUUUCUACUCAAAGUCAAAGUAUCGACUUUUUUUAAUUAUUUUGUGUGUGUGUGUGUUGAACUAAUCCAGGCAAAAAAAAAAAAAAAAAGGGUCUCCUCUAACCUAACGAUGGCAACUGUGACUGCUUCUUCUCACUUUGUGUCAAGGACUUUACUUUACAACAACCAUGGAGUUUCUCCGGGCUCUGAUCUGUCUCAGAUAACCUUGAAAGGUCAAUCCAUGACUCACUGUGGGUUAAGAAGGUCUUCCAACAUGGUUCACAGGAGAUCAUCUCAAGUUUCCGCUGCUAACAAGAAGGCUCCUAAAGUUAAACCUGCCGGUAAGAUUGUGUGUGAGAAAGGGAUGUCUGUGGUUUUUGAUUAUGCUUCAGUUCUUACAAAUGAUGCAUUAAUUAAGGAGGCCAUAUCUCUUUGUAAUGUUAUUCUGAUGCAGAUCCAAAUUGGGGAUAAAGUUGAGGAUGUCCGUUUCUUUCAUUGCUACAAACGUGGAGUUGAUCGUGUCUUUGUUGAUCAUCCAAUCUUUCUUGCUAAGGUUUUGGGCAAAACAGGAUCCAAAAUCUAUGGUCCUAUAACUGGAGUAGACUACAAUGACAACCAACUACGGUUCAGUCUCUUGUGUCAGGCUGCUCUUGAGGCACCACAGGUUCUGAACCUGAACAGCAGCAAGUAUUUCUCUGGACCAUAUGGUGAAGAUGUGGUCUUUGUUGCCAAUGACUGGCACACAGCUCUUCUUCCAUGUUACCUCAAAUCUAAGUAUCAAUCUCGUGGAGUCUACAUGAAUGCAAAGGUUGUCUUCUGCAUUCACAACAUAGCCUACCAGGGAAGAUUUGCCUUUGAUGACUACUCUCUUCUCAAUUUGCCCACCAGUUUUAAAAGUUCGUUCGACUUCAUUGACGGGUAUGAAAAGCCGGUAAAAGGACGGAAAAUUAACUGGAUGAAGGCUGCAAUUCUGGAAGCGGACCGUGUCUUGACAGUUAGUCCAUACUACGCUCAAGAACUCAUCUCUGGAAUUGAUCGAGGCGUGGAACUCCAUACAUACCUUCGAAUGAAAACAGUUUCCGGGAUUAUCAACGGAAUGGAUGUUCAAGAAUGGAACCCUUCCACUGACAAGUACAUAGAUAUCAAAUAUGAUAUUACCACUGUUACUGAUGCUAAGCCAUUGAUCAAAGAAGCUCUUCAGGCUGCUGUUGGACUUCCUGUGGACAGGGAAGUCCCUGUUAUCGGUUUCAUAGGGAGGUUAGAGGAACAGAAGGGCUCUGAUAUUCUAGUGGAAGCUAUUUCCAAGUUCAUGGGGCUUAACGUUCAGAUGGUUAUCCUUGGAACCGGUAAGAAGAAGAUGGAGGCUCAGAUUCUGGAACUGGAAGAGAAAUUCCCAGGGAAGGCAGUUGGAGUGGCGAAAUUCAACGUGCCGUUGGCUCAUAUGAUCACUGCUGGAGCUGACUUCAUCAUUGUCCCCAGCAGGUUUGAGCCGUGUGGUCUCAUUCAGCUGCACGCUAUGAGAUAUGGAACCGUCCCUAUUGUCGCAUCUACUGGUGGGCUUGUGGACACUGUUAAAGAUGGCUACACAGGUUUCCACAUUGGAAGAUUCAACGUCAAGUGUGAAGUUGUGGAUCCGGAAGAUGUGAUUGCAACAGCAAAGGCUGUGACGAGAGCCGUUGCAGUGUAUGGAACAUCCGCAAUGAAAGAGAUGGUUAAGAACUGCAUGGACCAAGACUUCUCCUGGAAGGGACCUGCGAGAUUGUGGGAGAAGGUACUAUUGUCCCUAAAUGUGGCCGGAAGUGAAGCUGGAAUCGAGGGUGAAGAGAUAUCUCCUCUGGCGAAGGAGAACGUAGCGACGCCUUGAGAAUGUGCUUUUUGUUUGUGUCGUAAAGUGGUAGAAGAAUGCGUUGGGAAGUUAGGAGUAGGGAAGGUCGAGGAGAAGUAAUGUACUACUGUAUAUGGGAAAUGUUAGAGUCUAUUAUGAUGAUAAAAAUUUCGUGAACCUAUCAAGUUCUCAUUGUGGUAUUAGAAACUACCAAUUUUGGCAAAUUCAUCAAAACU